AAUUUUUGGAAAAGCUGCAGUUUACGACCAAAACUAAAAAAAUAAAAAACCAGCCCACGAAAUUCUCCACCGAUCCGUUGUUGAAUAUUGAAAUUUCCAGAUUAUUGAAAUCCACGUAAAUGGUGUUACUGUUACAUAGUGAUAGAUAAGUUUAAAAUACAAAAGCGCCUUUAAAAACCUGCAGUGUGCUUGUGUAGACCAGCAGCAGCAGCCCUCCAAUUUCUGUUCCUGCGCAGAACCUUCUUCACUUUCACCUGUCUUCCGAAACUUCGUCUCUCCUUGUUCAAAUUCCUCUCUCUCUCUCUCUCUCUUAAAUGGAUUUAUCCAUCAUCAGAACCUUCCAGAAUUGCCUCGUCUUCAAUUGAAUUAUUUAUUACUUGCAAGUGUAAGUGCGAUAAUUCUCCCUCUUUUUUUCAGAGUUAUUGAUUUUCCGGUACUGAAUUAGGCGGCGAGACGACCUGAGCUGUAUGGCUUCGCCGUCAGUGGACCGGAAAGGUGGAGAAUCGUGGGGCGAAGAUAUGCCGAGGCUGCUUCCGACGCCGUUUUUGACCAAAACUUACCAGAUCGUCGACGACCGCGCCGUGGACGACAUCAUCUCCUGGAACGUGGACGGAUCCGCUUUCAUCGUGUGGAAUCCGGCGGAGUUCGCCAGAGAUUUGCUCCCAAAGUACUUUAAGCACAACAAUUUCUCCAGCUUCGUUCGCCAGCUCAACACUUACGGAUUUAGGAAGGUUGUGCCAGAUCGGUGGGAGUUCUCGAACGAGUGUUUCCGUAGAGGCGAGACGCAUCUGUUGCGAGACAUUCAGCGUAGGAGAAUGGCGGCGAAGUCGGAGGAUCAGGCAGUGGGUAGCCCGGCGGAGCUGAUUGACGAGAACGAGCGGCUGCGGCAGCAAAACGUGCAGCUCAAUAAAGAGUUGAGGCACAUGAAGAAUCUAUGUAGCAACAUUUACGCUUUGAUGUCCAACUACGCCGGAAGCGAGCGUGCACGUGCUUGUAAAUUAUACAUGACGGAAAAUGUGAAGCCUCUGGAGCUUCUACCGAUGACCAGAUUCUGCCAAGAAAUGACGCGAAAGGGGAGGGAAACUGAAGCUACGUCGGCGGAGCAUCACAUGGAUUUGGAGCUUCGCCUCCCGGGAGACGGUAGGGACUAACGUGUACACUUUGACUCUUGAGAAAAAUAGGAUUUGGAUUUGGAUUGUGUUUUCAAUAGCAUGUGCAAAUGCAAUGCAACACUAUUCGGGAAAUUUCCCGACUUUUUCUUAAUUUUGAAAAUAUUUACUACUUUUUUGGAGGAUAUUCAAAAUAUUUACAUGUAUCUACGACUACGUCUUAUUUAAAUGGAACACAAAAUCUCCUUUACACUCA